UGCAAUCAGCAGGCAGCAGCAGCAUCAACACAUCACAGCAUCCGAGCACAGACCUGCUUCAACUUUCUGCAGCCAGAAAUGAACAAAACAAGUGCCUCUGUUGACGUCCAGUUGCACACCCCGUGUGCUAGGAGUUAGAGGCAAAAAAAAAAAAAAAAAAAAUAGGCUGCAAAAAAUAAAUAAUCAAAGGAUCCUGUUGAAAUCGUAAGCAGUGUGCAAAUGAUCGUGUGAUUAAAACGCCUCUCUGAGCCAUAGGACUGACAGGGUUUGAUUGUAAUGCAACUGAUCUUUUAUUUUUUAUUUUUUUAAAGCUGAAUCGGAUAACAAUCGCCCAAUAUUUAAACCUCCGUCGGUCCGACUGUUCUCUAUGAUUUGUACGGCUGUAGAAAUACAGAGAGCGGCACCCUUUGUCACAGUGCAAAAAAAAAAACAUACUGUGUGCAGGCAAGGGUGUGUUGGCGAUACGGAAUUUGAAUUUGAAGUGUUUCAAUAAGCAAACUCGUUCAUCGUGAAGUUACGUUUUAAUUAAGCCGAAGAAAUACGAUAUUUUGACAACAUAGUUUUCCCAACCUUUAGCCUUUAAGCGUGCAGCGCGGAAGCUCUCUGGACGGCGUGGUGCUGAAAGGAUAGCGCACGCUGUAUGUAGACAACCGGACGGACUGCUGCUGCUUUCAUCUCAAGCCUUUCCUGGCAUAUCAGCUGUACAUUAGCUACACAUUAUUCAUCUGAAUUGAUCGGAUUCUUCUUUGUUAGUUUGUUUGCGUCUUUGUUUUCUUCCUGCAGCUUCUUAGGCUGAGUACGCCCUUUGGUUGAAUGUUUGCCGGGUUUCAUGGCUGUGGCACGGAAGAUCAAAACUUUGCUGACUGUUAACAUUUUGGUUUUUGUGGGGAUUAUAUUGUUUUCGGUGUACUGCAGGAUCCAGGACCGCUCAGAGGAGCUCGUUCAGGUCGGAAGGAGCUCCGAUCAAAGGAUCCGAAGCCGGAACGCCAAGGUCGGCAACUUUGUGGACAAAAAGUCCAUCCUUGAAAGACUGGAGCACCUGGAGGACGUGGUCUACAACCAACUAAAUGGUCUUGCCAAACCAAUGGGAUUAGUGGAAGGACCUGGUGGUUUGGGGCAAGGAGGAGUCGCUGCCACCCUGAGGGAUGACAGCCAUGAAUCGGAGAGCAAGUAUGAAGAAUACGGCUACAACGCCCAACUGAGCGAUAGGAUCUCGCUGGACAGAUCCAUUCCUGACUACAGACCAAAGAAGUGCAAGCAGAUGACCUACCCAAGUGCCCUCCCUCAGAUGGCCGUGGUCUUCAUCUUUGUGAACGAGGCUCUGUCAGUGAUCCUGCGGUCUGUGCACAGCGUUGUCAACCACACUCCACCACAGCUCCUCAAGGAGAUCAUUCUGGUGGAUGACAACAGUGACAGCGUGGAGCUGAAAUUCAACCUGGACCAGUAUGUGAACAAGAGGUACCCGGGGCUCGUGAAAAUUGUGCGCAACAACAAGAGGGAAGGAUUGAUCCGAGCCAGGAUUCACGGGUGGAAGGCGGCCACGGCUCCUGUCGUGGGCUUCUUUGAUGCCCACGUGGAGUUCAACAUCGGUUGGGCUGAACCGAUUCUGAGCAGAGUUAGGGAGGACCGCACCCGUAUCCUGCUCCCGGCCAUUGACAACAUCAAGUACAACACGUUCGAGGUGCAGCAGUACGCCAAUGCAGCCCACGGCUAUAACUGGGGGCUGUGGUGCAUGUACAUCAUCCCGCCCCAGGACUGGCUGGACAAGGGAGACGAGACAGCUCCCAUUAGGACACCAGCAAUGAUUGGCUGUUCGUUUGUGGUGGACCGCAGCUACUUUGGAGAAAUUGGUCUCCUGGAUCCAGGAAUGGAGGUUUACGGAGGGGAAAACAUAGAACUAGGCAUGAGGCGACCUUUCCCUGAUGAGAAACUGCAAUUCCCUACCAAGAAUGGAAUCCGUGACCCCAGAGGUCUGGCAGCACAGUACAUCUUUGGCUUGAACAUGCAUGUUAGCGCUAUACACUGCCUGACAAAUAAAGAGAAGCCUGUACCUUACAGUGUUGCUUAUUGUUUUGCCAAUGCGCUGUUCAAGCACUCCAGUGAAUUGAAUGUGAGUCUGUGCUACAUUGCCACUGCAUAGUUGUGUUUAAUGUCAUUCCCAUAUAAGUAAGCCCCUAUAUGCACACAAAACCCUUUCAGCCAGGACAAUCUUGCAUUAAUUAACCACCUUUAUUAGAAUACAGAUCUCAUAGGUAUCCAAAAACACUGACCCAACAAUAGCUGAAGAGUAAUAAGUAGAAUAAAAAUAGUUGCAGCACAGCUUCAUCCUUCUGAGAGUCCCGGUGCUGCCUUCUUAAAAAAACAAACAAUAAAAUAAGAAUGUGUUCAUCCUGGUGAACAAAAAUAUUAGGCUGAGGAGCAUCGUCUACUCCCCCCUCCCCUUGGAUGAGGCUGGGAGUGAAGUGGUGGUGGUGGUUGUGGAGUGAAGUGGUAAUUCAAAAGCACGGCAAAAAUAGGUUAAUAAGCACGUUAAUAAGCACGUUAAUAAGCACGUUUGCGAAAUAGGUUAAUAUACCUUACAGGUUAUUGGGAACGUGCCGGUAAUCCGCUUGCAGAUUAACCAAUGAAUGUAUUAGGUGUUUGUACUAUAGAUUUUCCGCCUGAAAAUCUUGCAAGCUUUAUAUUAGCCCCUUGUUUAAAGCUGGAGCUGACACUGCCCCGCUGGGAGACAGGCUGCUGUUCUUCAUCUCCUCAGAUAAUAUUACUCAGAAUGUGACAAGCCUGCCGUAACGGAACCAUGGAAAGAGCGUACUUAGAGACAACAGAACCGACAAGUGGAUUGAGCUCCAUGCUACUCACAGCGGGGUUAUGGAAUGCACUGCCUGGUGCAGCACAGUGCCUCUCGGUAAUCACUCCCAUAGUGAUUCAGGGAAUAUAUAGAGCUGUUGACUGAUACGGGACGUUUUCCACAGUAUUGCCAGCCAUCACAUACAAGUGCAUAGCUGAUGUUUGUUUUUUCUAUGUCUUUUCCAAGUACUCACUCACACAAGCAUGAAGCACUCUAAAACGGUACGCUUGAUGCAUCGUGGUCCAUUCUAAACAGCAACACAAUCCCAUUGCAAGCAGACAGUGCUGGGGCUUGGCCCAGUGUCAGGACCAUUGUAGCACAGUGAAGCAGCAUUGUAAACCACGCUGUUGCUAUAUCUUUAUAUAAACUAUCUAAUACAGUAUAUAGGUAGCAACCAGUUCUCUGCUUUCAGGGUUUAUGAUAUAUGCCCCACACACACGCACGCAUGCACGCACAGACACACACGCUCACACGCAUGCACACACGUGCACACACACAA